CUCUGACUCUGGCUGGCCGGCAACGCGCAAGUAACAAACACUGUGUGAUGUUGUCGCAAGUAGUGUGGUUGUAAAUGAAAUACACCAUUUAACCGAAAUAAAUAUUAGUAUUCGUUAUAAACAUUGGGAUAAGUCUUUUAAGGUAUCCAAAAUGGCGCCACUGAUAAUCGACGGCGAAACCUUAGGAGAAAUCCAUCGAAAGUACAACAAAAUAGUCAACGAGACAGAUGAAACCAAAGAAACUGAAAUUACUGACUUAAACUUUGACGAUUCCGAUAUCGACAAUCUGUUUAAAAUCGAUAUAGCGAGCAAGAAUCGGAAUGUUGAUUUUAUUCUUAAAGUUCUGAAAUGCCAUGACAUGCUUUACGUCAGUAGAGCCAUUAAGAAAAACACUUGGUUGGUCACCGAAGAACAGUAUGCUCAUAUCAUAAAUCCAGAUCAUUUGUUCAAUGUCCUCCAACAACAGAUAACAAUGAAAGCCUUCAACAAACUUGUCCUACAUAUAAGACUAAACCUCAAAGAUGAAAAGCGUGUAGAAGAAUUUUAUAACUAUUACAAAGAUAGCGACCUGAAAACAGCAAUGAAAUGGUUGCCUCGCUGUUCGAACGCAUUCAUAGAAGAGGUUUUAAAAAAGCACGCAAACGAACGCGAAAUAAGUAAAGAUUUGAUUAAAAGACUCUGCGAGAAAUCUAUAUCCUUCCUGGAAAUCUACAAUCGCCACAACCAUCAGUAUAACAAAAGGGAAGCGCUGUUCCAAGUCAUGUUCAUCAUGAACACUGAUGUCGAUAAAUAUCUGGACAUCAUCGAAGCUGCGGACAGCCCUUACAUGCCUUACUUCAAGCCCAAAUAUACAAAGAUAUUGAUGACAAAAUGUCGAGAACGUGUUAUGAGAAAUCUGGAAAGAUACGCCAUUAGCUUGGAUUUACCUACAUUUGCUAAAUAUUUAUCACAAGAGGAGGCUAAAGAUUUCAUAAUGAAAAAUGUCAACAACAGAUUACUAUGUGGCUCCUGGGGAGGGAAUAAUAUGGUGAAAUACUUUUUAAGUAGAUUGCCGUCUGAGGAUAGAUUCGAAUUCAUCAAAAAAAUGUUCAUUGACAAGGAAUACAAGAAGGACGUUUGCGACGUCCUCCCAUACCGGUACGAUCAAAUGAACUGUGCCAUCCAAUCUAAUCCAAAUUCACGCGAAAAUAUCUACUCCUGGUAUGAAUAUGCACCUUUCAAUACUGCCUUCACGGAUCUAAAAAAAUUAAUUCGAACGGAAUCGAAUCCGAGCGAGCGGGUCGCAAUCCUGUCAGUGAUACUGAUUACAGCUGGUCGUAACAUGGAAAACAUACACUCGCUAUUGAAAUACUACAGAGAGAAUCACAUCAACGAGCCGUAUAAAUUUAAAUCAGAAUUCGUGAACAAGCUGCUUUUCAAAACGAUUCCUUACAAGUUUGACAAGAAAACUUGGCAUUACUUGAAGGACAUUUACACCAGCAUGGAGGUUUAUAGCGAAACCGAUAAAUUUGGCCAACAAUAUGUCGUAACGGUGCUACUGCAUUGUAUUAUCAACGAUGAAGAAAUACCUAAAAUUAUAGAAGAUAAAUUUAGUUUCAGCACAUUGGACGAGCACAAAGAUAAUCUAACAAAAGAGGAAAAAGUUAAAGUAUUCAACUAUUUGUUCAAUUAUUUGAAUCCCAAAAUACAAAAUGUAGAAAUGAAUAGCCAAGAACAAUUCCGCGAAGCUUUUGGCUACAUCGAGUUUAUGAUACAUUUGAUUAAUGAUUGGGACAGACAUCUUAAGGACUAUCCGUUGAUGCUUGAAAAGCUCAAACAAUUGAUUGCUGUAAGAGAUGAAAACAAGGAAUGGUACAAAGACAUUGCAAUUCUCUAUAUUUUACCGAAUUCGUGGAAAAAACUUCUUUUCAAAGAAUCACUAUUACUCAGUCCACAAGUAGCAACUGUGCUUAAUAUUCUAAAGCAUGACCCCAAAUUAGUUGAAGAGUAUAGAGCAAGAAUCAUUGAAAUAUUAAAGAACAAUACUAAUUUGGAUCCGUUUUUCCGCAAGCUCCGAAUUUAUUGGCCGCAUUCAUUAGCGAAAUCGUACAAGGAUAUGCUAAUGAAUAACCUGAAACAAAAUUAUACCCAUAAACCGUUUAUGACAGGUCUUUUAACUUUAAUGCCACAUAAAGAGGUAACGGAAAUUAUAAAAGAAUAUGUUCCUUCGGAAUUCAAAAUUGAUUGGAGCCAACAUGAUGCGGUCCAGCUAAAUAUUCGCAAGUUGUUAGGGAUGUUCCUACACAUUGCAAGACCUCAACCAUCCCUGGAUAUGGCGCUGCUGUACGCUAAAGGGGAUUACUUACAAUACGCGUUGUCAUCCUUGAACGCUAUACUUUACAACAUGAGUAGUGCUGAUGUAGAGAAUAAUCUAGUUAAACUGAUUAACGCUCCUGUAUCCUUACAAAAACAUGGUAUCCGUGCCGCAAUUCUGAAGCUCCAUCACGAUGACUUAAUGCAAAUUCUAUCUGAUAUUUGGAAAAAAAAUAAAAACAGCAGUAUUAGAGCUGGUAUAUUUGUGCAGACCUUUAAAAUGCUCUGUGAAGAAAGAAACGAAGACACUAUAAAGAUAAAAUGGGAAUUACUUAAGAUGUUCAUAAAGAACUUAACAGCUGAGGAGGACAAAAAAAUAUAUACUUGUCUCAGUAAAUUUAAAGACAUACCUAUGAGUGUAAGAGGUGAUUUCUGGAUGAAGGGUUACGCAUUCUUGAGUUCUUUGCCCAAGAAGGCGAACUGCGAAAGUUUGGUUGAUCACAUGAUAUUCAACAUGAUUGACAUUAUGGUGCAGCUCGAUGACAAUUUCGUUUCCACUAUCUUCCUUAAUUCCUUUAAAAAAUUCUUUUUUAUACAGUACUAUUCUCAUGCACCACUCGUCGCCUGCUUCCUUCUCUCUGCUAAAACCGAAGAGGCACAGAUGUCUAGAUAUAAAAAACUCCUGUUACCAAUAUUGGAAUAUGCAACUACCGAGUGGGAUAAAAACCCCGUUUAUAUAUACCACAUACGAUGUAAUACAUACGAAAUCAUCAAAAACCUGUCCUAUAACUUUGAUAUGGUAUUGAGAAAUAAGCUAGUCUUUCCUACAAAGAUGUUUGAAGAAAUCUUAAAGUUUCUACAAAAAAAAUUACCAGAGACGGAGAACUACAUUUUGAUAACCGUCCAAAAGAUGGCUUUGAGAUAUGUAAAUAUUUUAGAAGAAGUUGUAAAGGAAGAACAGAAAAAAGGUUUCGUAUCAGUUUCUGAUGAAUAUGGUCUGUUUAAAGAACUACGUGAAAAAGCUGUGCACAAGUUCAGCGAACUCUGUCUACAACACCUCAAAGAGGAUGUAACAAAAUAUUUUCCAUCAAUUUAUAUCCUUUUCUCAAAUUCUCUUAAUUCGAUAUUCCAAUACUACAAAUAUACUAAUAUGGAAAUAUUAGAAACCUUUAAAGGUUUUAUAUCCGACAAAGAUUUCGUUGAAGGCCAUUUACUGGUCCUCGUAUCUCUACCAUUUUGUUUGAAUGAUGACGAAUUCGCAUUACGAGAUAAAAUUCUUCAAGCCAUUAAAGAUAAUCCCAAUGAGGAAAUAAAAAUGAAUUUUUGGUUUCACACAACUACUAAUCCCAAUUUUAUGCUUUAUAUGAAAACUAUGUAAACUAAAUGUUUUAUCUGAACUAUGUAAACUAAAUGUUUUAUCUGAACUAUGUAAACUAAAUGUUUUAUCUGAACUAUGUAAACUAAAUGUUUUAUCUGAACUAUGUAAACUCAAUGUUUUAUCUGAACUAUGUAAACUAAAUGUUUUAUCUGAACUAUGUAAACUAAAUGUUUUAUCUGAACUAUGUAAACUCAAUGUUUUAUCUGAACUAUGUAAACUAAAUGUUUUAUCUGAACUAUGUAAACUAAAUGUUUUAUCUGAACUAUGUAAACUAAAUGUUUUAUCUGAACUAUGUAAACUCAAUGUUUUAUCUGAACUAUGUAAACUAAAUGUUUUAUCUGAACUAUGUAAACUCAAUGUUUUAUCUGAACUAUGUAAACUAAAUGUUUUAUCUGAACUAUGUAAACUAAAUGUUUUAUCUGAACUAUGUAAACUAAAUGUUUUAUCUGAACUAUGUAAACUAAAUGUUUUAUCUGAACUAUGUAAACUAAAUGUUUUAUCUGAACUAUGUAAACUAAAUGUUUUAUCUGAACUAUGUAAACUAAAUGUUUUAUCUGAAAUAAAAUCACUUUUUUCCGUCACCAUCAAAA